AGAACGCUCAGCGCCAGCGGGAAAACCCGUUUUUUUGCUUAUAACUUAUAACGACACUAAACAGCGCCAUCGGAAACAUGAAAUUAUUUUCUUCAUAUGAACAAGUGCAAACAUUUUGAAAACGAAAGUAGGUGUUGGGUUUGAAUAAAUGAAAGAACUUAUUUUACUAUUAUUAACAGAGGCUGGUAAGACCAAUAACGUUUCGAUGGAUGUAAAUUAUGUAGCCGCCUUAUUAAAUCAAUAGUAUUGUCCUUCCGAAAACAUCACCAAAGAUCUGGUACUACUUCUACUGACUAAGUUCUAAGUCAGGUACUACUACUCUCUGGCUCUGCCGCUCUGCUGGUACGGGAAAAAAAUCACAAUCACACACAUUUAAUCAUUCAAUUUUCAUUAACUUCAAAUAGUGUCAUUAUGAAAAAGUUCGUGUUAGUGAAGUUUUGUUGAAUUAUCGCAUGCAAAUUAUUAGAUCAUAAGUAUAAGGCGAAAUAUGUAACCAGAAAUAAAAAGAAACUUUGAUUUACAGCAGAGCGCCGCAAACAUUCGGAAAGUGAUUCAGAGCACAGUUGGGGGGGGGGGGGAUUUGAAAGGAAGGCCAUCGAAGGCUCCCUAGCGAAAGUAGGUAGGAGUAUCAAACUCAUUCGUGAUACCUUUUCCCCACACUGUCCCUGCCUUAGUGCUCCCCGAUGUACCCUUGAUCGGCUUGUUUCCUCACACUGUCCCUGCCUUAGUGCUCCCCGAUGUACCCUUGAUCGGCUUGUUUCCUAGGCUAUAUCGCCUAUGUCUUCCCUGCAUUAACAUAAUAUAUAUAUGUAUAUAUAAACCACCAGUACCGAAGCCAACUUCUUCCUUGUAUCUUUGUCCUGUACCUACCACUACCGUUCCCUCGUAAAGCCCUGUCAUUUGUGACAGUGCUUCCAUGGACCCGCCAUGGUUUUUCAAGGGUUAUUUCUAGUAUAUUAUUUAUAAUUAUAGUAUUAUUAAUAUGCAACUAGUGAUUCCUUAAUUGACAUGACAGCACUAGUAUUUACCACUUUGUAUUUGCGUUGAAAUUAAUUAACUUUUUUUUGCAUCCCUGAAGUAAUGAUUUGGCUGUAACAAUCUCUUAUAUAUAUUUUGCUUCUGGUGUGUUCUGCUUCCUUUUCACAACCAGACAUCCCCCUACUCAACAUUUUUAUAUUAAUAGUAAUGGGGGGGGGGGGGGGAAGCUGUCAAGCAGCAAAUGGCAUGCAUGACAGUUGAACUCAGGUAAAAAUAUUGAAUUUUUUUGAUGCACUAUUAUAUUAAUCAAUAAAAAGCCAUGGGUAUGGUCAUGGUGUAGUACUGUCUGUAGAACUAUUGUUUCAAUGCAUGCAGGUACAGGUAGGGUGUAGGACUAUCUAUAACACUAUUGUUUAAAUGCCCAUAGGUAGGGUGUAAGACUGUCUUUUAGACUUGCCAUUAUUAUUAUAUUUAUAUUUCAAUCAUCCCUGACACAAAAUCCCCCAGCAGUCACAUGUUUUGUUGUUUUUUUUGUUGGUUUUUUUUUUGUAAUUUAGUCAAAAUGUCUGCAAGGAUGAGCAAGGGAAGAGCAGCUCCACCAGAACCAUGUGUGGAACUGUCUACUACUAGUCCUGUAACCAGUCUGGCAUUUUCAACAUCAGAGACACCAGAAGAUAAAGGACAGCUUUUCUCAGGACAUCAGGAUGGAAAGGUUAGUAAUAAAUCAUUUUUAUCUAUUUCAGCUAUUUAUUAUUGCUUACAAUUUACUUUUUUUAUUUUUUAAUAAUGCAGUAACCCAGAUUGAAAAUUACAUAUUAUUAAAGGUAGAGUUUUAUUAUUUAAAGGGAUUUCAUAAACUACACCUCUAUUACAUUUUUUACAUUAAUUUUAUAUGUGAUUUAAACAUUUUCAUUUCUCAAAAAUAAGGUUAUUUAUUGGAACUUGGUGACUCAAAGGCCAACAUCUUCAAACAUUGCACACUCAGAUUCUGUCAUUUGGCUGUCAUGGGUCUCAAAUAAAUUGAUUAGCCAGGGAAGAGAUGGAUUUAUUAGAUUUUGGAUAAGGUCUGAUUCAGAAUGGACCCGUAUAGGUAAGCUUCAUAAGAUUUAAUUGAUGAUACUAGGGUUUUCAACAUUUUUGCUUCACUCCCCUUCUUGAUACCAACAUUUUACCCACAACCCCAUUUUUUUAAAUUUCAAAACUUUUUCUAGCAUUAUAAAAAGAAUGUGAAUACAAUUUUUAAUAAACCUUCUUUCUCGGUCUCCCAGCACCCAAUGAUGCUGCCUCCCCACACACCCAGGCAGGCAACUCUGGUUGCGAACCCAUGAUUUAUAAACAUUAACAUUAAAAUGAAAUAAAUAGCCUUAUUUUUAAAAUUAUGAAUAAUAUAUUAUAGCAGUAAGAUAUCCCAUCAGAAACUUAAAAUAUCUAAUUACUUUGCCCUAGGUGAAGUUACCUGUGCAGCCCUCACAUUCUGCAACAUGUCAAUGUGUCUAUACAACAAUCAACAUAUCUUGACUGCUCCUGGUAAUCCCACUGCUCAGCUUAUUGUUUACCACCUCCCAAACCUAUCCAGUGUAACAGAAAUAACAUCACAGUCAUCACCACAUAAAAUCCAGCCAAGUCAAGCCAAAGUUUUUGGAAUGUGUAUGCGGACCAGAAGUGCUGUGCAGACAGCACAGUUGCCUAGCCUCUUGGUUGCAUACGAGAGUGGCACACUUGCUUUGUGGAACCUUGUAACAGAUGAACUUCUCAGCAAGGUAGCCGCACACAGUGAGAGUAUAAUGUGCAUGGAUUGCUGGGUCAGCCAGGAGACUGGUUUAUUCAGAUGUAUAACUGGUUCUGUAGACAAUCAACUCAGGUCUUGGCAGGUGAAAGAUUAUCAACUGGUCCAGGAAAACACUGUGUUUAUUUCUAAUCCAGGACUCUGUGAUAUAGCUGUGAGAGAAGAUGGCAGAAUAGCAGCGACUGGGGGUUGGGACCAUUUCGCUAGAGUCUUUACGGUUAAGAAGCUCAGAGCCCUUGCUGUUUUGGGAUAUCAUCACGAAAGUGUUCAAUGUGUAAUGUUUGCUCCUGAUAAAACCCUGGCAACAGGCUCAAAAGAUGGACACAUAGCAUUGUGGGAUAUUUACAAGGAUAAAUAAAAUGUAUUAAUUCAUUAAAUACUUUAUCCUAUAAAUCCUACUAAGUCUGCAUUUAAUGUAUUAUUUUGUGAAAAUGUGUCAAACAUAGACAUUUGUGACUUGUUUUGAUUUUUGGCAACUCCUCACACCCGAAUCUGCUUCUCAUUAUAGUUUUUAACAACAUGCAACCUUAAGAGAUAUAAUUUUAUUUAAUAUACAGCAAAAUGGAUUACUUUUUGGCAGGCCUGGUUAUGAUGCAAAGAGUCGCAAGAUUUCAAAUAAAGUAGUUAUGUAAAUUUGAAUACUAUACAACAGGCCUGCACAACAUAAGGCUUGCCAGCACCCAUUUUGCGGCCCGUGAAGUAACGAAAUAUUCUUUAUUCUUAUUAUCUUAAUACCUUUCCCCCAUGUUCUAUUUUCUUUUGGUCCGCACAAGUCCUGUCCUAUUUUCUUUUUGGCCCGUACAAGUUUUUCAUUAAGUAUUAAGGUCCACCUUACAUUUUGAGUGGUGCGGGCCUGCUGUACAAUGUCAAUUACCACACUAAGAACCCAUA